AUGGAGAAUUUGGCAAAAUUAACUCAAGAUGAUAUUAACAAUGGCGCACUUAAUCGUAUGCUCAUUAAUGCCGGGAUUCCUGAUGUGCAACAGUAUGUAAAAGAUUUUCACCAUGAAACUGAAGAAUUGAUUGUAGAAGAAUUUCAACACCCGGAUUCUAACAAAGUAGAUGACAACGAGCCAAUAAUUUCACCAAGUGAUCUACAACACUGGAUCAAAGGCUUUCAAGUUCGGUUAGAUGAUCCUGUUCCACCUACAACAUCCGGACCACAACAGCAACCAAAACCAAGCGGUCCAUCUGACCUUCGAAGCUGGAUGCAACAUAUGACUCCAAAUGGUGUUCAUGCUUCGACGCUUCCAGAAUCGCAACAGCAACAGCAGUCAAAUGUUCCAACCGAUCUCCGAAGUUGGAUGCAACGUAUGGCGCCCGGUGGUAUUCAUCCUCCGAAUGAGACAUCUAUCAAUACUGCAGCUCCUUCAAUUGCAGCUACGGGUGAUUCUUCUGCUGUUACAGGAAAUCUAAACACUUGGCUCAAUGAUUGGUCAAAACAGCUCACUGAACAGCCGCCACCUACAUCUCUUGACAACUGGCUACAACGCCUCGUUCCAAACGAUCUACAUGAACCUCUUGCCAAGUCCAAUACUUCCAAAAACAGACUUAACAUGUAUCUUGACGCCGCCCAGCAAGUUCUCUCGAAACAUGGCUAUGACGUUUCUACUGAAGUCAAACCAGUCGUUCAACCCAAAAUUGGAAAAUUUGGCAAUGUCAAACAAAUGUAUUUUCUCUGGAAAGUGUUGGACAAGAACAACGAUCGUAGAAUAACAGUGGAAGAUGUGGAAAUAAUGCUACAAGAAAUGGGACUAGGUUUUGUGAGUAAGUACGUAGCGAAAGCAUUGUUUGAAAUGGUAGACACGGAUCAUGAUGGUGCUCUGCAAUUUCGUGAUUUUAUUGCGAUGAUGGGUCUCCUGAAAGAACUAGUUGGUGCUAUGGGAUCGGCUAAAGCAUAA